UUUUCCUGUGCGGUGACAUUCUGCAUGUGAAGUUGAACUCUCUCUUCCAGGUUCUUUAUAAGAGACCUCUUGAGGUUCUUUGAGAACGACGCACUCACUGGACACACUCAGAGGAUAAUUUACGAUACACGAUUUCAUCAUGAUAGCCAUCUAGAUCUACGCUCUCGUUGGAGAGGGGUUUUCUUUUUUUUUUUUCUUUUCUUGAGAUUGAUCUCACGGCGUCUCUGGAUAUCUUUACCGCUCAUUUCUCCAUCUUCAGCGUUUAUCAUGGCGUCUCUGGCACCGGAAGACUUCCCCCAGAUGUGGCAGCGGCCAAGCUACGAAGAGCUGCUGGCCAUCCUCCAGAGCCUGGAGCUGAGCCCCCCCGUCUGGAACCACAGGCAGCGACAGGCCGACAUCCUCGCCCACCAGCAGCAGGAAUCCCUCGCGGCGCAGCGCAAGGCCGAGGUCACGCGCUACCUCUCGUCCAUCAUCAAGAGCCCGCUGGCCUGGAUCGGCGACUACGACAAGCAGGAGGUCCUCUGGGAGCUCGCCAGCAAGCGCAUGUCGGAGCGGUGCGGCCGGACGGCCAUGGGCGAGGUGACGAGGCGCUGGCCCUUUGAGGGGGGCGGCGCGGCCUGCGAGCCGUUUGAGCUCAUCAUCAAGGAGCCCGCGCUGACGGGCGACUCGCUGGGCUUCAAGACCUGGGGGUCGUCGUACGUGCUGUCGCGCCACCUGCCGCGGCUGGCGGCCACGUCGCUGUUCAAGCUGUUUGACGAGACGCUGGGGCAGCCGCCGCCGACGGUGCUGGAGCUCGGUUCCGGGACGGGGCUGCUGGGCGUUGCGGCGGCGGCGCUGUGGCAGACGCAUGUCAUCCUGAGCGACCUGCCCAACAUCGUGCCGAAUCUCAAGGACAACGUGGACAAGAACAGGAGCUUGGUGGAGGCCAGGGGGGGAUCCAUGUCGGUUGGGCCGCUGACUUGGGGUGGAGAGAGGGACGAGAUUGACCAGGAGCUUUUUGGGGAACCUUUUCAGUUCAAGCUCGUUCUCGCUGCUGAUCCCAUGUACGACGAUGAUCACCCGGGGCUUCUCGCUUCGGCCAUCUGCCAGAACCUCGCCCUCGGCUCUGAAUCCAGGGCGGCGGUCAUGGUGCCCAUGAGGGACGACACCACGCGGAGGCUCCUGGAGGCUUUCAAGCAGGCCAUGCUGGAUCUGGAAACGCCGCUGUUCUGCGAGGAGGAGAGCGAGCUCGCUGGGGAGGAUGACUGGGGUGAGGACGAGGAGGAGGGGCAGGUCAAGUGCUGGUUGGGCAUCUUUUCGCGUGGCGGGUCGCCCUUGACGACGUGAUUUAUGAAUCAAUGAUGACGGAGAGG